AUGCUUCCCGCCCUCACAGUAUCCAAGGAUGGCCGGAAGACAGUGCUGAAGUUAUGCGACAUGUAUGCAUCUGUGAGCAGGCCGCCUGGGCGCCCUUUGGAGCCUUGGCGCCCUGCGGAAUCCGAAGAGCGAAAAAGGGUGCAGUCGAAUUUUGCAGACGAGAUGAACAAGAAAAUCGACAAGAUGCCGUACUUUGACGAGGACGAUGAGGCCGAUCAGUUCCAGAUGAACAGGAUUGAAUGGUUCUGGUGCUCACUCAUGGAGGAUGAGCGCAUCCAACACUUGAAGAAUUGCACAACCUGCCAGGUCAGGCGUUUGCCGGGGACCUCGCACUGCAAAGUUUGCGACAACUGCGUGCGCGAUUUCGACCACCACUGCUAUUGGAUUGGAAACUGUGUUGGAGCGCGCAAUCAUCGCUCCUUCAUUUGUUUCCUAACGGAUGGCUGUUGCUGA